GCUGGAUUCAAACGGAAGAUGAAAGAUGGCCGCGGAGAAGGACACCGAUGUAAAUAAACGAGACAGAAGGGGCACGGUGUGCAAUGUAGUGAUCAGUCAGGAGUCAGAAACGGGCGGCAGUGGGGACGGCAGGCCGCCCAUCAUCUUCAACCCCGACUUCUUCGUGGAGAAGCUGCGUCACGAGCGGCCCGAGGCCUUCACCGAACUAGUGCUGAGCAACAUCACACGGCUCAUCGACCUCCCUGGAGCCGAAUUCUCCCAGUUGCAGGGUGACGAGGAGCCAAAGACGCCCAACGGCACCGCGGCCGGAGGCUUCUUCCGCUCAUUCAACUUCCUCAAACGUAAAGACAAAGGUGUCGUGUUUGGCAUGCCUCUCACAGAGGAAGGAAUAGCGCAGAUAUAUCAACUCAUCGUGUACCUCAGCAAAAAUCUGCAAGUGGAGGGUCUGUUUCGUGUUCCUGGGAACAGUCUGAGACAGCAGACGCUGAGAGAGCAGCUCAACGGCGGCGCCGACAUCGACUUCUCCUCCGGUGACUUCCAUCCCAACGACGUUGCCACGCUUCUCAAGAGCUUCCUGGGAGAACUGCCCGAACCCCUGCUGACCCACCGACACCUCCACGCUCACCUCAAAAUCACAGAGCUGACCCUGUUUGACGAUCAGGGCAAUAAGACGAGUGCGCCGGAUAAGGAGCGUCAGAUCGAGGCCCUGCAGCUGCUGCUGAUGCUGCUGCCCACCGCCAACCGAACCCUCCUCAAACUGCUGCUGGACCUGCUCUACCACACCGCCAAACAACAGGACAAAAACAAGAUGUCCGCACACAACCUCGCACUCAUGUUCGCCCCACACGUCAUCUGGCCCAAAAAUAUGAAUGCCAGUGAUCUUCAGGAGAACCUGAAGAAGCUGAACAGCGGCAUGGCGUUUCUCAUCAAACAUUCACAGAAGAUCUUUCGGGCGCCGGCGUAUCUGAGGGAACACGCGAGACUUCAAUUCGCAAACACCAAAAUCAUUCACUCCAAGGAUGAUCUGGAGCUGCUGUCAGUGGGUGGUUCUCCGUUCACGUCGGCGUGUAAGAGGAGCGGAGCGCGAGUGGGUUUAGACUCGGACAAUCACACUGAAGAGGCGCUCAGAGAGCUCUGUCGACACGUCACCGACAACAUGCCGAACUCAGCCAAGAAGAAAAAACUCAUCCGACAGCUUGGCAAGCAGUCGACUCCUGGCACUCCUGGGAGUGCGAACACGACUCCAACCAGUAAAAAGCACGGGCGCUCGCGCUCCUUCGGUGGACUUAUCAAGAAGAAGGUUUUGGGGAAUCAUCCCGCCGCAGACAGGAGAGGGCGCCACGUGUCUCCUCCGGGGAAGGAAAACAUCAUCUCUGAUCCGGUGAGCUGAACGCCGUCAGCACUGAGCUCAGUGUGACCCGUGUUUGUCUAUAUUGUGAAUUCUGCCCGAAUAGAAGACUUCUCUCUAGACGACCGGAGGAGAUUAAUUUUCAAUUAUUUAUUUCUUCAUAUUCUGUAUUGUUUUAACAUACUAAAUGUUAAGACUAAUAUUCAUUCAAUGUGAUUUUUUUUUUUUUUUUUUAUUGUAUUUUAUUAAUUCGCUGCAUGGUUUUAAACUGUUACAUCAGGUUUAAUGGGUAAACCACUAGUCAGUUACACUGGGCCUUUUAUAUUGACCCAUGAUAAGAUUAACUCAUUGAUUCAAUCUUAUUGCCAGUGUGUGUGUAUAUAUGUAAAUACAUUUGCUUGUAUGGAAACGUGGGCUGAUAUCUGGACCAUACGUAACUCAAAUUAAUCACUCAGUUGAUGCUGUAAUACGAUUUUAAGGAAACGAUAGACAACAUUUACUCACAAAAGCGUAUUACUGUCAUUUAGAGAUCUGUGAGAAUAUAAACUGGUAUUUGUUUACAUAUAUAGAUAUUGUCUUAAUAACACUGUGAACAUUCGAAAUAUGAUAUUUUGUGAGUAGAACAGAACAAAUGUGAUUAUUUUCAUUAGCCGACUAAAGUUUCCGUGUCAUUUAACCACUAAGUCAAAAAGGUUUGUUUAUUUUUGUAUAAAAAUUCAUUUCAGUGUACGAUAAUUUUGUAUUUUCAUAAUUCGUAUUGAGAAGUGCACAAAGCAGCCAUGUUUCUUUAUUGAACGCUCUUAGGUUUUAUUUUAGGGUUUUGGGUGCAUUUCAAGGGUCUUCGCAAGGUGUUUCGAAGGUUGUUGUAUGUUACAGAUGAGGUGGAGAGGAUCAUGGGAAGGUGCAGUGGUUGGGAUGUAAGUGUUGAUCGGGUAUGUGACGUGUGUUUUGUGAACUGAAGUGGGCAUUAAAGGAUGUUGUGAAAGGAAUUGCUGUUAAAGCUGGUUCGGCUUUGAUCCUGAACGUCUCCUGUCUUAUUUCUCAAAGCAGAGUGCUUGUUUUUGUGUUCCUGGAGGGAGGGCACUGUGAUGUCACUUCCUUUUAUUGUUCUUCAUUUAUAUCGCUCUUUCAGAUGUGUUUGGUUACAGACACUGUCCAAAUACACAUUCCCUUAACUGCAGUGGGUUUUAUGUAAUAUUUGUUAUUAUUUUAAUGCUUAUGUAGUCUUUUAAAUCUAUAUUUUAAGUCUAAAAUGUUGCAAAAGGGGUGGUUAAAAUUUUUUUAAAAAACAUUUCACAUCAGUAAAUAAGCAUGCUAGCAUUGUCAAUUAUAAUAUGCCAAGCUAGUGGUGGAUUUUACCAUUCAAAAAUUGUAAUAUGUUUUCACAAUAAUCAGCGAUUCCUGAAGUGUUGAAGAAAAGAAGAGCUCAACUUCAUUAUUAUUAUUUUCAGAUAUGGGUGCUAAUAGCAAAUCAGCAUUGUGUAGUUGCGAAGUGGGAUGUUUUGUGUGUGUGUGUACAGAUGGUACGUGUGGAGGUUGGUAUCUGUUGGGAAAGAUGUGAUGCAUCAAAUUGGAGGGGUUUUUUAAAAAAACAUGUUUUUGUAUUUGAUCUGUGAAACAUUUGUAUUUGUACUUGAUCUGCUCUAGUACAAUGAGCUCUUUUGUGCAUUUUGUUUUUUAUUAAAACUUCUACCAGCUGAA